GGCGUUUUUUUAAUCAUUGACAAAUGAAGGCAUUUUCAAAACAUUAACGUGAUGAUAGCAAAAAUUAAAAACCGGUGUCACGAAUAGAAUUCUAUAUUAAAUUUUAUACACAUACAACUGCAUCAACAGUUCUUUGAGAGUCUUUACAGGAGGAACUUUGUGCAAGUUAUUCAGUGACAUGGGAGGAAAGAAAUCGAAACCUAGUCCACCACCUCCUUGUCCUUUUACAAGAACCCCGUGGAGAACAAUACCGGCAUGGAAUCAAGACUAUGAACUGUUACUUCGUAGACAAAUAAAAGAAAUACAACCGCAAUGGAAACCUACUAUCGUUCUUGUUGGACCUGUUGGAGCAGGCAAGUCUUCAUUUGUUAAUGCAAUACUAUCUGUUUCUAAAGGACAUAAGACUGAUGGAGCUUGUACUGGAAAAGGGGACAAAAGUUGUACAACUAGUUAUGACAAAUACACAGAUAACUCCUUACUCCAAAACUUUCGUCUUAGGGAUUGCAUGGGAUUAGAAAAAAGUGCUGAGGAAGGAUUUAAUGUUGCUGACAUGGUUUCUCUUCUUAAAGGGCAUAUUAAGGAUGGUUAUACGUUUAACCCACGAAGCCCAAUUACACCGGAAAACAAGACCCACUGGCGUGAUAAUCCAAAGUUCGAACAUCAGACCCAUUGCGUUGUAUUUGUAGUUGAUGCAAAUGUUAUGCACACUGGCAUUCCCCCAGCCUAUGUCAGGAAAAUAAGAGAAAUACAAACUGCAGUGAAGCAAUUACGUAUACCACGUGUAUUGAUCUUGACAAAAGCUGAUGUUCUUUGCGAAGAGGUUCAAAAGGAAAUAUCAAACGUGUUCCGGAGCUUUAGGGUAAGAGAAGCUAUUAAAACGGCAAGCGAAGUGUUUAAUAUUCCCGAAGCCUCCAUUCAUCCAAUUUCGAAUUAUGAAGAUGAAGAUUCUGUUGUAAUGAAUUGGAAAAAGAACAUACCACUCCUCCUCACCUUGAGGCAAAUUACACAGUAUGCAAAGGACAGGAUUGAAGCUGUCAAUGAACAUAGCGAUAGUGACUAAACAUAAGUACACAGUGAUGUCAAAUAUACAAUGAAAUUCAAUAGAAAACUAAUAUUUUCAAUAAAAGUUUUAAAUUUUCUCGGUGUGUAUGUAUGUGCGUGGUUCAAUAUAAGUUUAAGCCAUUUAGGUACACGUGAAGAAUAGAACAGAACAAAACUUUUAUUAACUCCAAAAUUUUAUUUCUAUUAGUUAUCAUUGUAGAUCGUUAAUAUCGAUAUAAUUAUAUUUCUGAGUUUUAAACAAAGUCAGUUUUCCGUUGAAUGAAGAUAUGUUGAAUGUGUAGAUGUGAAGAUCAAUGAUAACGCAAUGUUUAAAACAAUAAGUACUGCUAACUAACAGAAGCACAGAAUAGUUUUUGUUAACAGAGGAUUGGUCUAUAAUGGGAAAAUUGUCUACAAGUAUUUCAAAUAUUGUAAAAUAAAUUUAUCAAUAUUUUCUUCCAAGCAAUAUUUUAUAAGAAUAUCUAAAUGAUAUAUUUUUACCAAUAUUUGAAAUACUGAAUAUUGAAUAAUUGCCCAUUAAAGAUCAAUCUAUUUUAACUGUGUACAAUGAAAAUGGGCACAUUUUUAUCACAUCUGAUCACUUGAACUUUAUGUGAAAUUACAGAUCAUGUAACGUCAUGAUUAUGUUUCAUUUCGAGGAUUUUUGGGUGAUAUGUUGAAGAAGGUCAACUGAGGUUUAAAUCCUAAAAAAAUGAAAUUAACACUAAUCCGUUAAAUUGACUGGGGAUAUUAUAACAAAAUAUUUCGAAAAAAUAAAAAGGAAAUAUGCUCAGGUUGAAAUGGAAAAUCGAAUUUUCUAAAGCGCUUUUAAUAGUUUAUCCAUUUAUCAUUUUGUGUGCUAUUUUGCAUAAUAAAAUGUUUAUUCUGGAGGGGAAAAAACAGUGAUAACAAAUAAGUUGAACUUUUAAAGCAAACUUUUGAUACAGAACUUGAGCACAAAGCUGGAAAAAACUCUUAAAGUGCUAUCGUUACAAAAAAAAACCUAGAUGAAGUCCCUUAAAUAUCCUUCAAAAUUUUAAGUUUGCGUGUUGUUGUUAUUGUUGUUGUUUUUGUUUUUUUAAUAUUGUUCAAACAUAAACAGCUGUUAAUUUUUUCAGGCCCAUUGUGCCCGUAAAUGUCUUAUUUCUCAAAAGCUUAUCACUGUUGGUGUCCUAUAACAGAUUGCCUAUUGACCAUAUAGCUGAGUCAUCUUUGACAUAAAUCAUAUUUAGCAUUAGAUAUAUUCGUUGUAGGUAUUUCGUAUUGGUUACAUAUAGUUACUUUUAUGACAAGUUAUUUCAUACUUUCCAGUGUUAAACUGUAAUAUAUUAGAUGAUUAUAUUCUGAUAAACUUUAUUACAUGCUUUUCGGUGGUUUAUAGAAAUAUAUCAGUGAUAUAAAACUGGUAAUUUCACUGUUUGAAACAUUGAAAUUACCACUUUGAUAAUUUCACUGUUUUUAACUUAAGCCCCUAACGUUGUUUCAGUGAAAUACCAGCGGGCACAGUACUGGGUACCAACUUAAUGACGUGACGUCGUAGAUGACAUUAUUAUUUGGCGCGCUUUUAAUUCAGCAUUAGGUUUUAUGUCUUUUUAAAACGUGUAUUUGCAUGUAAUAAAAAGAAAAUUUGUUUAGUUUAGUGUAAGAUCAUAAUAUAUUUCACCUUGUGAACACCAAAAGUUCAUAUUUCACUCGUGGCUGCGCCACUCGUGAAAUAUACCUUUUGGUGCUCACUCGGUGAAAUAAAUUCCGAUCUUACACUGAACUAAACAAAUAUCCUCUAUAUAAUUUUCAUUGUAGCCGGACUAUAUCUGAAUGCGGGUGAAAAGAAUAUCCAAGCUAAAUGGAAUCACGGGCAUAACUAAAUGCCGUCAUUCGUAAAUUUUGCUUCUUUAGGAAAAAAAGUCGAUGUCAUCAUACAUCAUGUUAAAAAACAUAAAAAAAUAACAGAACAAUAUUUCAAACAUGAUGAUGUGACGUCAUGAUGUGAUGACGUCAUAAAGAAGAAUGCGCGAUGUUACGCGGGAAAAUCAGUAAAAAAUGAUAUAAAUCGCUUAAAAAGCAUGAAAUAAAAAGAAAAAUUUUUUGUUUUACAUAUAAGAAUGAAAUAUAUUUCAUUCGUGAACACCAGCUUUUCUCCUUUUGUUACUCGUGGCUACGCAACUCUUGAAAAUAUUGUAUCUAGUGUUCACUCAAUGAAAUAUAUUUCAAUCUUACAUGCAAACAAACAAAUAUCCUCUAUUUAUUUAACAUAAAUUGUAGCGCAACUUUAAGAUAUUUUGACAGACUUUAUCUUUAAGAAAAGUUUAGAUGAUAUAGGAUAGAUAACCUUAACGUGAUUGAGGUAAUGUGAGUCGUAAAGUUUUAUUCUUUGCGUGUAUAACCUUACUGUAAGUCUGAUUGACAUUUAUCAAAUAGUUAAGAUGCAGUUUUUACGUUCAAGUAUUGUUUAAAAAUUGAUGGCAAAUUCCACAUUUUAAUAUGAUGCUGAAAUCUGGGAAUAUCAUUGACCAUUCAAUAUACAGCAUAAUUCUGAAAUAGUCAACAUGUCUUGUUUAUAAUUAACCUAAAUAAAUUCCGGAAACGAGUUUCUUAGAGUUUUAGUUCUUUCACUUUCUUGUUUAGUUUUCAGAUAUUUAAACUUCUGUUCAACCAUGUUUCCUCCUUAAAAGAUAUUUUAUAUUGCUUUUAUUGGAAUUAUUGUCCAAAAUAACGAUACCGUGAAUAACGUUGUCGAUCCCGUACACUAAUGUGCAUAAAAUAUCGAAACACACACACAGGCAAGCACACACGCACGCACGCACGCACACACACACGCGCGAAUUUACCCGGCGCUGUCAGUUAUUUAUGCCAGAUGAGUGAUUGGUCUUUUCAGUUGAUAUAAAGUUUAUAAUUUUCAUACUUUUGUGCAUAUUAAUGAAAUAUUUAUAUAACUGCCAACGAUAAAAUUGUAUGUCAAUCGUAACUGCUGUUUUCAAAUGUAUGUUAAGAUUUCUAUAAGUUACUUGCGGGUUUUUCCGGAUUUUAAGUGUCUUUUAGUAUUUACGUCGGUUUUGCAAAUCCGUGGAUUUAGUAUUGUCUUAUUCAUAAAAUUCCUAUUUGAAUAAACCAAGUCUUUCGUUCUAAUCCUCUCCUUUGAAUAUUGUCAAAUUUUGUAUGUGUAUAUAUUUCAAAUGUUAUUAUGUAGAUAUACUGAGAAUAAAUAAGUUUAAACUAAACAAUUCUCUUAAAUCUAAAAGAAAAUUCAGAAUCAUACAGUCAUAAUGCUUAGUAAAUUCUGUUUCAAUCUAAACCGACAUUCAAAAUCAUACGCAUCAAAAACCCCGAACCGGUGUGAAAUAGCCGAAUAACUCCGCUAAGGGUUUACAUUUGUGACAUUAGUUAUUAAGUUAUUAGCAUAUGCCUUUAUUUAAGUGCUUUCAAGGAACAUUUUUUUC